AACCUCCCAGUCGUUCCACACACCACCAUGAGUGAGUCAGUAGAAUCCCCAUCAUCAUCACAACCUGUGGACCAAGAACAGUCAUUCCCCUGCCCUACUGCCACAGCUCCUCGCAAACCAGUCCAGCUCCAGGAGAGGUAGAGAGACAUCCAUGAUAAUCAACAGUACUGUCAUUAUAUUUAUUCAACAAGGUUCCUGACCUUUUUGUCCUCUCUGUGGUUCCAUAUAUCCUCAGACGGGGCUCCAAUGUGUCCCUAGUGCUGGACGUGAGCAGUCUCAGCCUGUGUGCGGUGGAGCCCUUGUGCUCUAUCUCCACCCCCAGAGAGACCAUCCUCCACCUGCUGAGGACCUCAACACGCCCUCUGACCCCCGCUCAGCUGCAGGAGGCAUCUGACGAGACCAGCAGGCUGAACUCAGAGUACCAGGUUAAUAUCUACUCUAAUUGUACUGUAUGUGCAGAGAUUGACUGCAUGUAGGAUCAAGUGGAAUCUGGCCCCUUAGCCUGUCCAUUCUUUCCAACAGAAGAUUCCUCCAAACUUUGUCAACCCUGCAGAGCUGGACAUCCCAGGACGUGCUUUAAAAGACAGAUAUAAGACCAUACUGCCAAGUGAGUGCCUAAGUCAAAUGUCAAGUAUUAGAAAUAGUUGAUGAAUGCUGAAACACACUGGCACCCAGGCAAUAUAAAAUAACCAAUGUAAACACUAUAAUCAUGUUAACCAGAUCCUGAGACCCGUGUGUGUCUGAAGAACCCCGCAGCAGAGGAAGGGGGUGAGACUGAGAGAUACAUCAAUGCAAACUACAUAAAGGUUAGAAUCAUGCAUUAUUACAGCCACUUUCUUUAUUGGCCCAUUUUUGACACAACUGUGUCAUGCGAACUUAAAGUAAGAGUCAUACAAAUGGUGAGGAGAAAGUCAAGAAUACACACUGCACAGUGUUGUUAAAGCGGCAAUCAGCAGUUGAAACAAUAACAAAGCGUACUCCCCACUACUGUUUUGCAAUACAGCUGAGGGAUGAGGCUGGAGAAAUGUAACCACUCUCAAAUUCAUAGACAGCGCUAUGGAUGCAAGUACUGACCAUCCAUGAGAUCAAAAUUAUAGUUUUAAUCAUGUUUUGAGGCUAUACAAUGUUUGUGUACAUUUACUUUGUUUACAAACAUUGGAGUGAAACAAGCUUAUAUUUUGGGUUCUGAUGGGGUACACUCUUAGAAAAAAAGUGCUAUCUAGAACCUAAAAGGGUUCUUCGGCUUUCCCCAUAGGAUAACCUUUUGAAGAACCCUUUUUGGUUCCAGGUAGAACCCUUUUGGGUUCCAUGUACAACCUUUUCCUCAGAGGGUUCUACAUGGAACCCAAAAGGGUUCUACCUAGAAACAAAAAUGACCCUUUUUUCUAAGAGGGUACGACAGUUGAACUAAGCUCAUGAGGCAUUUAUAAGUUAUAUUCUUCAAAAAUCAAUCGGUACAUAUAAUUAAUUUAUAAGUCCAAAAAUGGAUGUAGCAACUGUAGAUUGCCCCUUUAAUGAUGUUAAGAGUGAUACGGUUGGUUUGCGUGGGUGUAUCAUGUCAACCAAUGAAACCCACAGGAAGUCAAAGUGGAAACUAACUACACAGCCCCAACUCUUGCUGUCUCCCACGCAGGGUUACAACGGUGCACCCAGUGCCUACAUCGCCACCCAGGGCCCCAUGCUCAACACAGUGCAUGACUUCUGGGAGAUGGUGUGGCAGGAGGGAUCCACCACCAUUGUCAUGAUCACCAAGCUAAAGGAGAAGAACGAGGUGAAAGGGAAAUGUCAAUUAUAUUCCACCUCCAUUGCUUUCCUCAAUGGUUUCCGAUGACAGACAUAUUGAUGUUUAAGUCUAAAGUCUACAAAGAGUGUGUCCUGUUUUUCAGAAGUGUGAGCUUUACUGGCCAGAGAAGGACGGCAGCUAUGGCAGAUUUGAGGUCAGAGUGUCCAUUGUGAAAGAAUGUGAUAGCUACACCAUUCGAGACAUGAUUAUACAGGUGAGAUAGUAGGUUAUUAUCAUCUGUAAACUGUAAAGUAAUGCCAGUCAAAGCGCUGGGUUACACUAGUUUUAGAACCUCAGAACUUCUGAAUUAAUGAUUGAAUGAAUGAAUGAAUGAAUGAAUGAAUGAAUGAAUGAAUGAAUGAAUGAAUGAAUGAAUGAAUGAACCAAUGAACCAAAGAACUUACUAACAACAAUGUGUCUGACAGGUGGGCUCAGAGAACAGGCAGGUGAGACACUACUGGUACUCCACAUGGCCAGACCACCAGACCCCAGACUGCACUGGGCCCCUGCUCAGACUGGUGGUGGACGUGAAUGAACACAGGCAGUCCAUCCCCAGCCCAGGACCCACCAUCGUCCACUGCAGGUCCCACUAGCACACCCCUUAACACUGGUUCUCAUUAGCUAUCACUAUGAUAAAUGUGAAAGAACAAACAAUGACGUAUGAUAGAAUGUCCUAGAAAAGAAAAUAGCCCUAGGCUACUUGAACGGUUCUCACUUCCAGCACAUUUAUAUGUUACGACACCUUAGGGAGGCUCCUUUCACAUUCCAUGUCAGUCAGAAUUAGGCUCAGAAAUGAUUUAUGGAGACUGGCUUGAAUUCACUUACUGAUGACAAAGGUGACUGCUAUGGAAUUCCGUUUGUGUUGUGAUAUACAGUAUACUGUACAUUUGGACUGUGUAUUGCUGGCAGAUACUGUAGCAGAGAGACUGUAUAAAGUAUAAAUACAUUGUAUGACAGAAGUUUGAACGUUACAGCUCUAUUUGACAUGAUCUCAUGUGCUCUGUUUUGCAGUGCAGGGAUUGGGAGAACAGGUUGUUUCAUCGCCAGCAGCAUUGGAUGCCUGCAGCUACAACACAGUAGUAGGGCUGAUGUGCUUGGAAUCGUCUGUAAGCUACGCCUCGACAGGUACUAGCCACUACACACACUUUGGCCAUCCGCCCUGCUGUUGGUAGAAAACUGUUGCCUUGCCACCUUACACCUAUACAUAUCUACUUCCAUCACUCCGGUAUCCCUGCACAUGUAAAUAUGGUAUUGAAACUGACUUUUAAAAUAUUUCCUGUAUAUAGCAUGCUUACUUACUUACUUUAUUGUGUAUUUCAUAUUUCUCAUUCUUAUUUCUUGUGGGUUUUUUUUCUAGUAAUACACUGUUUCUAGUAAUACACAUUGAUUGUUGCAUUGUUGGGCUUUGAGUUUGCAAGAAAGGCAUUUCACUGUACUUGUGCAUGUGACAUUCAAACUUGGAACUAACGUGACAAGCAAGUUUAAACCAAACUCUGUUACUUAUCAUGUAAACUAUCACAAUUAAUAAAUUAAUAGUAGCUGCUGCUACCUAUAUGUACUCUACCUACAUGUACAUAUUACCUCAAUUACCUCGACUAACCCCGGUACCCCCUGUAUAUAGCCUCGCUAUUGUUAUUUUUACUGCUGCUCUUUAGUUAUUUGUUACUUUUAUUUCGUAUUAUUUUAUAUUGUAUUUUUUUGUGAUUUUUUUUUGGUAUUCUUUCUUAAAACUGCAUUGUUGGUUAAGGGCUUGUAAGUAAGCAUUUCACUGUAAGGUGUACUACACCUGUUGUAUUCGGCGCAUGUGACAAAUACAAUUUGAUUUGAUCAAGUGAGCAUCUUUACUAUUAUCAAGUGAGCACCUUGGUUCAAACAUAGCAUUUUAUAUUUGUCUUGAGUUAUGAAGAAAAUGGUGCAGUCAUAGGGACUCUUAGACAUCAUCCCGAGUUUGGGGAUGCUGCCCUAAAGGAUGCUGCUCCCUCACGCUCUCCCUCUCUGUGUUUUUAGGGGUGGCAUGAUCCAGACCAGUGAGCAGUAUCAGUUCCUGUACCUCACCCUUGCUCAGUACAGUCGGCAGCUGGCGAACACAGACAGUGGCUCAAAGAGCCCUGUCCCUGUCCAGACCAGCAGUACUACAGGGGACAUGCGGUGACCGAGAAAGCCCAGCUAAAACUUGAUCUUUCCGCAUGGGGGAACAAGCUCCUGGAACUCUGCUCACACACUGUGGCCAUCUCAUCCUCUUGACCGUGACAUUGAUUGUGGCAUUUUUAUGGGCAUGUGAUGUGGUACUCACCAUACCAUGCGGUUGGAAUUUUAUUGAAAGUCAUUAAUAAUCAUAUUGUCCAUAUUUGCUACCAUGAUAAUAAAAAAAGUACUAUGCAUAAUGUCCUUGACUCUAAUUAGCUCUAACUGCAAUUCACUUGACCUGCUGAAGAGGAAAUUCAUAUAGUAGGUUAUUAUUAUUUUAUGUUUUUCCAGGUUCCAGGUUUAUUUCAUUAUUGAUCAAUACAUGUUGGUAUGUAAAAAAAAU